AAUUCAUUUUCUAGUUACCAAAAAACAUAUAAAAUUAAUCAAAUAAUAAACAUAAUAUUAAAAACGAUCUGACUGAAAAAGGAGAGAUUUCAAACUUUCUUGUGUGUUACUAUGCAAUAUGAUAGAUAGCAUUGAUUGGUUGAUGUUUGGCAUCAGAUUCAGAAAGCAACCCCAGUACUUGUUCUGCAACUUCCACCAAAUACUAAUCACCCACUUCCACUUGUCUGAAUUCCCUUUCAAUUUCAUUUGCAUUCUCUUCCUCUUUUUUGAGAUCUCUUAUCUGAUUUUCACUUCUUCAAGAUAAUAAGAAGGAAAGCAAGCGAGGAAGUAUAAGGUGUAAUGGCCUCAGAGAGGGAAAAUUUUGACCUCUCAGGGCCCUUACAUCUAACUUAUGUCAACUGGGCUAAUGAAUAUCACCGAAAGUCUGUUGCUGCUAGUUUGGUUCAAGGUGUAUAUAUUCUAGAGAGGGACAGGCAAGAACAACGUGAAGGUCCCAAUGCUCUUGCAAUGCCUUGGUGGACAUUCUUCCACUUUCAGUUGCUUCGCACACUUGUUGAUGAUGUUGAUUCUUCCAUCUUUGGUGCAAUUUACGAGUUCAAGCCUCCAUCAUCUAUGCACAAUGACACCUUACAUAGAAGUCCACGUUAUGUAGUUGCAUUUCGAGGGACUAUAACCAAGGGAGAUUCAGUUUCACGCGAUAUCGAGUUGGAUAUCCACUUUGUUCGAAAUUUGCUGCAUAAAACUUCGCGUUGUGAGAGAGCUAUCCAAGCUGUUCAAAGCAUGGUGGCAACUGUGGGUGGUUCAAAUAUCUGGUUAACUGGACACUCCCUAGGAUCAGCAUUGGCAUUGCUUAGUGGCAAAGCCAUGGCCAAGACUGGUAUAUUUAUUGAGUCUUUUCUUUUCAACCCUCCAUAUGUGUCUGCUCCAAUUGAGAGAAUCAAGGAUCAGAAAUUAAAACAUGGGCUUCGAAUUGCUAGCAGUGUAGUGACAGCUGGACUUGCCUUUGCCAUGAAGGCUAAGCAGAAUAAGAAUUUGUCCUUUGAUGCAUUUGCUGCUUUGUCUGCUUGGGUUCCAUGCUUGUUUGUGAAUCCAUCUGAUCAUAUAUGCUGUGAGUAUAUUGGAUACUUUGAACACAGAAAAAAAAUGGAGGAGAUUGGUGCAGGAAGCAUUCAAAAGUUAGCAUCUCAACACUCACUUUCUUGUCUACUUAUGGGUGGGUUAGGGAUGGAAUCUGAACCCCUGCACGUCAUUCCUUCAGCUUCUGUCACAGUUAAUUUUACUCCUUCAGAGGAUUUCAGAGCAGCUCAUGGGAUUCACCAGUGGUGGAAACCUGACUUACGCCUGGAAUCCAAGCUCUACAAAUACUAAUAGUUCUUGUAGUUGUUGUAAUGUGUCGCUGGAUGUAUAUUGAGCUAUGUUGUUUCUGGUUUUCUUUGUGAAGUCAAUUUAAAUAAGCUGUUGCAACUCUUAAGAAUGAUAGUUUGGAUAAUAAUAUUGGAUUGAUUUUGGGGACUUCUGUUAGUUUCCAGAAUCAAAUCUAGU